AUGCUUACAAAGACAUUGCAACUCCCAGAAACAGGUGAAUUGGAGACGAGCAUUAUCCAUUUUAAUGGAUCAGAUAAAGUCCUACGAAUCAUUGUUCCACUCGGCUCCAAUUUUCACUCAAAGGAUCUUGAGAUUUUAACUGAUUAUCCAGCUGCAAAGAAAAUUAUUCCAACAAAGCCUUAUAAUGCCGCUGAGAAUCUAUCCUAUGAUCUCGAGUUAUCCAAACCAGGCAUGUAUUUUCUCCAGUUCAAAGUUUCAGAUUUAGAAUCUGAAAAGCUCUACAUUUUAGUUGAUCCAACAAUUACGAUCAACAAUAAGAAGGUUCCAAAGAAUGAUUUACGAAUCCAAUCUAUCAAUUUAGUUGACUACAAGGACUAUUCCAAUCUUCUUGAGAAGAUUGAAGAAGUUUCAAAGAAUGGAUAUAACAUAAUCCACUUUGUUACUAAUGCAGAGACAGAUAUUUCUGACUUUGAAGUCGAACAAACCAUACCAGCGUCAAAGAAAGAAAAAUCAUCCACAAAGACUUUCAAGUUGAUCGAAAAACUUCCAGAAAUCGAGAAGAAGUAUAAUAUUGGAUUCAUGAACGACAUACACCUCAACAAGCUUUCUGAUGACAUCGAUUGGAUCCUUUCUCAUCCAGAAUUAACAAUUAACGAGAUCUCAGCUCCAUGGAUAAAGAAAGCUGUUGAACUUGAUGAUAUCCUUUAUGCCAUUUCUAGCGACAUUGACAGAUCUCUCAUCCAUGAUGUCAAUGCAACGAAGAAUCUUCUUCUCGGAAAGCUUAUGGCAAGCAGCCUCAAGAACCAUUAUGUCAUUGAUACAGAUAAUGUACUUGAGCAAUACUCUCUUUACGACAUCAAGAAAUUACCUAAAGAUUUGAAGCCAAAUCUGAAGAAAUACGAGGAUGCGACAUUCAAAGAGAAGGCUGAUGCAUUCAAAGAUAGAAAGGCUGACAUUGACUAUAUUGUUUCUGUUUUCGGAGAAGCUGAUGAAACAACGAAUUCUGAACUCAUGAUCACACUUUCUGAGGUAAACAAACCAUAUAUUGAUGCAUUUACAGAGAUUUGCGAAGAAAUUUGCAAGAAUGAAGCAGAAUUCCUUCAUAGCCAUCAAAAUGUCACUAAAAGAAGGUUGUUUACACAGAAAGAGAUAUGUGGGCAGCUUGUUCAUGUCGCAUACGAUGGAUUUGUUCCAGAUGUUGCUGAUUCCGCAUCAAAUACAGAUGAAACAAAGAACUACUACUUCACAAGAAAGGUUGUAUGCAACGAAGGAGUCAUCAAACUCCGCCAUGGCCACUCAAAUGAGCCAAACCAAGAACUCUACAACCAUAUGAAAGAAGCUUUCGACAAAGUAUCUGGAAUUUCUCAAAUAUUGAGACUUGUUGACAUCAAAUCAGCCAAUGAAGCAUUCCUAAAGCGCUGCAUCGAUGAGACAAGAUCCGCCAAACCAAAUAUCUUCAUUACUACACAGCUUGAUGCACAAAUUGUCGAAUCUAAGGGAAUUGAGAUUCUUACAACAUUCAAACUCAACGCAAUCCUUAGAGACUGCAGUUUGAACCUCGAUGCAUAUGAGUUAUCACAUAUAAUUUGGCAAGCAGGUGGAUGCGACAUUGGAUCUGUUUCAAAGCUUAGAAAUCUUGUCAAAAUCAACACACAGAUUCCAUCUAUUUUGUUUGACAAACUUCCAGGCGAUGACUGGAAAGUUGUAAAUCCGCUUUCAUUGUCAGCCUCCCUUUCAAUGGCUUUCUCUCCAAUUGGAUCAUCAUACCAGGCCAGCAAAUACGCAGAGAUCCGCUCAACACUCAACAACCUCCACACAGAACUCUCCCAUCUCUCAUGCGAAACAGAUUAUCACGCAUAUGGAGGAAUUCUUUCAAUCCACAGAAUGAACUCCGACAGUGGUGAAGGUGUCUGGAUGCUCACAAGAUUUAAAUACUCAGAUGAUACACCUCAGAAGAUCCAAAUUCCAGCAGAAAAAGUAACACUCAGAUUUGAAGCUCUUAUCUCAGAUAAAGUCCACUUCAACACUAAAAUUGCUGAUUUCGUUCAAAUCGCUGAGCAAAGAAUUGAUGUUGAAAAAUUACCACUUGGAGCUGUUAUUGUUUACGACACUGAAUAUGGCGAACAGACUAAACAAGUAAUACAGAAACUCAACAACGGAACAACUGAAGCAGCAAUUGAUCAGCAACUCCAGGAUCUCUCACUCACAGACCUCAAUGGAUUGAUGUUCAAAGGCGAAACUGAAGAUGGAGGAUACAACAUUGAAGGAAUCAACAUCUCAGGAAUUGAUGGAAUAUUACGUGUAUACCAUGAAAAUGAAGCAGCCAUCUCAAAGCACUUGAAGAGUGGUGACUGGCUUUUGGAUUACACUGCACAGAGACUUUUCAGAUCACAAAAUUUGAUUUCAUUGUCUCAGUUCCUCAGAACAGAACUUAUUCCAUAUAAGAAAUUCCAGCCUCGCAGUAUUUUGCCAAAAUAUUUCUACAAACUCAUGGAAAUCAUCAACAACUUAUUCACAAAGACUCUUUCAUUCAAGUUAACACCAUUUGCUACACAACAAGAUGAGUUCAUCCAACAGCUCACAAGAUAUUCAAUCUCUUUGUACGGAACAAGUGGCGAAAGAAGAUUCCUCGCAAACAGACUUCCAGAACAAUGUCUCUUUGGCACUAAGAUUCUCCUGAAGGAAGUAUUAGUUGCAAUCAGAGGCAAUCUCAUUGUUACAGGAAGAUAUGAAGAUGCAAGAAGAGAGUUAUCUCUUUUGGCUCAAAAGUCACUUGACUCAGGUAACGCUGCUAUUGCUCUCUUGUAUCCACAAGCACUUCAGGACUACUUCCUUCUUGCUCCAAACGGCAGAGACAUUCUCACUGAGAAAUUACCAAAUGGAAGGACAUUCCUCUACUACGUCUUCCAGAUCAUUGAGAGAUACGGUGCCAUUGAAACAAUCAAGAGCACUGCACUCCUCGCAUCUGUCCUUCGCUGGCUCGACUACUGCCAAUCCCACAAUAUCAUCACUGAGAAAACAGUCUGCAACAAGACAUUCAUCGAAUGGCACAACGAAAUUGAGAAAUCCUUUGAUGCAAAGUACUACUCCGAGGAAAGAAAAUACGAUGGAGUCAUUGUGGAUGUUCUUCUUUCUAUGGUUGUUGCUCCAGAGAUAUUUGACUCUGUUCAUGCUGUUGAUUACAUCAGAAAUGUCAGCCAGAAGAUUCCAAAGUUGAACGAGAACAUCAUCCCUGCAACUGUUGCAUUCUUGAUCAGAGCUUCUGCAACAAUGAAGAGAAGACUCAGCGGUGAGGAUAUCAAAGCGAUCGGACUCGCAAAAGUUGUUAUCAACCAUCUUAGGAUCUACGGAAUCUCAGCUCACGCAGUCGGAUCAUUGCUUGACGCUUUCUACGACUAUCAGAAACUCAAGGAUGAGGAAUUCAUCGAUUGGAGCCAAUACCUUGACUAA